GGCGAAAAAUAGACAUAUAAAAGCCAUCGAAGUUGAACUUCUUUACCUCUCUCCUCAUCCUACAUCCUUACCCUCGUUGAGAGCUUUAAGAGCAUACCCUUUUUAUAUCUCUAUAAGCUAACUUAUUUAUUUAUUUUCUCACAACCAAUCUUGAAGAUUGUUUUGUGAUUUCUUUCAGACUUUCUUUCUAUCCAUUCUUAAAUUUCUAUAAGAUGUUGUUGGGUAACUUGGUCGGAGCUCUUGCUCUUAGUGCUCCUAUCGUUCAAAGUAUUCCUACUUUUGGACCCGGUGGUGGUGCUGGUUUUGGCGCUGGAGCCGGUGCAGGAGGUCUUGGAGCGGCUGCGGGACGUGUUGGAGCAUUAGGUGGGCUCGUUCCUGGUGCUGGUGCCGGCGGUCGUUUUGGAGCUGGUGUUCGAGGAGGAGCUGGCGUUCGCGGUGGUGUUGGAGUCGAAGCUUCUGUCAAUUUGGUCGCUGGAUUUCAAGCUUGCACCGGUCUCAUUGGUGGCUAUGAAGCCCAGUUCAGAAUUGCCUGUCAGCAAAACGAUGUCGGAGCACUUGUCAGCGCACUUGGAAGUAUCAAAGCCUCGAUCCAAGGUUUAGGAAUCGAUGCUGAUGCUUACGCCCACGUUGGUGCGGACGUUCUUACAACCAACGUUGUGGGUGUAUUUAUCAAGCUCCAAGUCUUGAUCAAACUCCUCGCUGAUUACAAGCUCAGCGCUGCAUGUCAUGGCGCCAUAAUUGAUCUACAAGCCUCUCUUAAUGGCAUGGUCUCUGUAGUCAGUUCUGUUGGUAUCAAUGUCUCCGCCAAACUAUCUGCUGCUGUCAACCUCGACCUUUUUGCCCAAAUCGGACUUCAUUUCGGUUUCAACGUUGGUGCCGGAGCUGGAGCUAUUGUUGGAGCUGGUUUCGGAGCUGGUGUUCGCGGUGGUGUUGGAGCUGGUGUCGGAGCUGGUGUUCGCGGUGGUGUUGGAGUCGAAGCUUCUGUCAACUUGGUUGCUGGAUUUCAAGCUUGUGCCGGUCUCAUUGGUGGCUAUGAAGCCCAGUUCAGAAUUGCUUGUCAGCAAAACGAUGUCGGAGCACUUGUCAGCGCACUUGGCCGUAUCAAAGCCUCGAUCCAAGGUUUGGGAGUCAAUACUGAUGCUUAUGCUCACGUUGGUGCUGAUGCUCUUACCACCAACGUCGUCGGUGUAUUUGUCAAGCUCCAAGUCUUGAUCAAACUCAUCGCUGAUUACAAGCUCAGCGCUGCAUGUCAUGGCGCCAUAAUUGAUCUACAAGCCUCUCUUAACGGCAUGGUCUCUGUAGUCAGUUCUGUUGGUAUCAAUCUCUCCGCCAAACUUUCCGCUGCUGUCAACCUCGACCUUUUUGCCCAAAUCGGACUUCAUUUCGGUUUCAACGUUGGUGCCGGAGCUGGAGCUGUCGUUGGAGCUGGAGCGGGCGUCGGAGCUGGAGCUGGUGUUGGAGCCGGUUUCGGAGCUGGUGUUGGAGCUGGUGUUGGAGCUGGUGUUGGAGCUGGUGUCGGAGCUGGUGUUCGCGGUGGUGUUGGAGUCGACGCUUCCGUCAACUUGGUCGCUGGAUUUCAAGCUUGCGCCGGUCUCAUUGCUGGCUAUGAAGGCCAGUUCAGAAUUGCUUGUCAGCAAAACGAUGUCGGAGCACUUGUCAGCGCACUUGGCCGUAUCAAAGCCUCGAUCCAAGGUUUGGGAGUCAAUACUGAUGCUUAUGCUCACGUUGGUGCUGAUGCUCUUACCACCAACGUUGUCGGUGUAUUUGUCAAGCUACAAGUCUUGAUCAAACUCAUCGCUGAUUACAAGCUCAGCGCUGCUUGUCAUGGCGCCAUCAUUGAUCUACAAGCCUCUCUUAAUGGCAUGGUCUCUGUAGUCAGUUCUGUUGGUAUCAAUGUCUCCGCCAAACUAUCUGCUGCUGUCAACCUCGACCUUUUUGCCCAAAUCGGACUUCAUUUCGGUUUCAACGUUGGUGCCGGAGCUGGAGCUGGUGUUGGAGCUGGUUUCGGAGCUGGUGUUGGAGCUGGAAUUGGAGGCGUUGUUGGUGCCGGAAUUGGAGGCGUCGUCGGUGCUGGUGUAGACGCUUCCGCUCAUUUGGUAGCUGGCUUUCAAGCUUCCGCCGGUCUUAUCGCCGGUUACGCAUCCAACUUUGAGAAGGCGUGCCAAAGACACGACAUCGGAUUCCUUGUCAGUGCAUUAGGUAGUAUUCGAAACUCGGUUGCAGGCUUAGGAGCAAACGCAGAUGUUUACGCUCACGUUGGUACCAAUGUCCUUACUACCAAUGUUAUCGCGUUGUUUGCCAAACUACAAGUCUUACUGCGAUUCAUUGCUGACUACCAAUUGACCUCUUCAUGUCAUGUCGCUAUCGUCUCUUUACAAGUUCCUCUCAAUGCUAUUAUCUCGGUCGUUGGAUCUACUGGUAUCGAUGUUCAUGCUAAAUUCUCCGAUUCUCCGCCUCCCUCGACUUGAAUCUCUUUGCUCAAAUUGGACUUGGCUUCGGGUUUGGUGCCAUUGCUGGCGCUGGUGCUGGUGUCGGUGCUGGUGUCGGUGCUGGUAUUGGUUCUCUGGGUACUCUUGUCGGAGCUGGUACCCACGCUGUUGCGGGAGCUGGUUUCGGUGCAAAGGCAGGUCUCGGUGCAAAGGCUGGUCUCGGUUCAAAGGCUGGUUUCAACGUAGAUGCCUCUGCCAAAGUAUUUGAUGAAUUCAAAGCAUCAACAAGCGCUGUUGCUUCUUAUACUCCAAGCUUCAAGACUGCCUGUGAAUCGAAGGACACUGCUGUCCUCAACAAAGGAUUAACCACCAUUGUGGCUUCGAUCUCAUGCAUUGGAGGACAAUCUGAUGCCCUCGUCCACGUUACCGCAGAUGCUCUCUGCUCCCAAUAUUUUGAGCUACUGAUCAAAUUACAAGCCCUCUUAAAACUCAUCGCCAGCUAUAGUUUGACCUCAUCAUGCCAUGACUCCAUUGUCUCUUUCAACAAUCCUCUGAAAGUCUUACUCUCAGUCCUUGUCUCAGCUGGUGUUAAUGUCGCUGUGAAAGCCCAUGCAUACGCUUCACUUGACUUAGGCUUCUUUGCUAGUGUUGGUGUUAAUCUCGGUAUUCAAACUGGCUCUCAAACUUACAGUCGCUAGUAACCCUUUCUUUCAUCUUAUGGACAUUUUUAUUUUUAUUUCAAGGACAAUUAUAUAACUUUAAUAUUCAUGUAAUGCAUUGCAUCAUUCACUCGCUGGAAUUGUGUAAUCAAUACUCGUGAAUCUUACUUACUUUGCCGUGUCCCAUUUG